GAAAUGAUUCCAGUGACCGAGUUAUCAUAUUUCGGGGAGCAGGACCCAGCAUUCAAAAUCCUGAAGCCCUGGUGGGAUGUGUUUGCCGAGUACCUGACCCUACUCAUGGUCAUGGUGUCAAUGUUUGGAGGAGCACUGCAGGUAUCAAACGAGCGGAUUCUGUGUAUCCCAGUGUCUCAGGGUGUCUCCUUGCAGGAUCGCCAAUCGAACCAAUCCGUAUCGGACGGGAUGAGGCCGAGUGCCUUCACGGCUGGUGGCUUCAAGUCCGGGCUGGACAUCCAGCAGUACUACCUGAUUAACCAGUGGUGUUACGACCACUCGGUCAUUUGGUUCUCCAAGUACUUCCCCUAUCUGGUCCUCCUUCAUUCGAUGAUAUUUCUGAUCAGCAGCAACUUUUGGUUCAAGUUUCCCGGCACCAGUUCCAAGAUCGAGCACUUCAUCACAGUGCUGGGCAAAUGCCUGGAUUCCCCUUGGACCACCAGGGCGUUGUCAGAAACCGUGUACGAAGAGUCAAGUCCUAGGAUAUCUACCGUCGCCGCCUCGAAUGUGGACCAGUCGGUGUCUUCCAUCCACACACCGCUGAGAGCAGAAUCCUCUCUCGUUUCGCUAUCGCAGGAGAUCGCGUUCAGCAACGAGGUGCCCAGCCGAGAUGAGGCCUCUCUCCUGUCUCGGAGCUCCUCGCAGCUGCUGAAGUCCUCCGCUGGCGGGCUGAUGAUGAUGGUGGACACGUCUGCGGUGAAGAUCCUGGACAAGAAGGAAGGGGAACAGGCCAAGUCCCUGUUCGAGAAGGUCAAGAAGUUCCGCCUUCACACGGAGGAGGAGGGCGACAUCCUGUACAAGAUGUACCUGAAGCAGACGGUCGUGAGGGCGGUUCAGAGCGCCAUCAUCCUAAUCUACAUCAGCGUCUUCAUCCCGCGAAUGGGCAACGUCAUCCACUGCGUGGACUCCCUGCACAUCACUGGCUUCACAGACUUCUUCUGCAUCCACGGCCUGUGGCGAAUGUUCCGCAUGUUAUCGUUGGUGUACAUCACGGCCAUCCUCCUCUACAGCGGCACCUGUGUCUAUACCCUGCACUGGAUCCUGUAUUACAAGCUCAGGCAGUAUUCCUUCGAGAACGUCAGGGUGGAGACGGGGAUGGAUGACAUUCCCGACGUGAGGAAUGACUUUGCCUUCCUGUUGCACCUGAUCGAUCAGUACGACAAGCUGUACGCCCGCAAGUUCGCCGUCUUCCUCUCGGACGUGAGCGAAAACAAACUCCUGCAGCUCAACCUGAAUCACGAGUGGAGCCUGGAGAGGCUCAAACAGCGGCUGGUCGUCAACAGAGAGAACCAGGUGGAGAUGCACCUGUUCAUGAUGCCUGGCAUCCCCUUCCAGGUGUACGACCUGACCGAGAUCGAAGUCCUGAAGCUGGAACUCAUCAAGGGCAUCACCAUCUCGGCCGCCAUCGCCAACCUCAAGACGCUGAGGGAGAUGUGGCUGUACAACUGCUCGGUGAAGGUCGAGAGACAGGCGUUGCUCUUCCUGAGGGAGAACGUGAGCACUUUACGGGUCCGCUUCGGCAUCGCCGAUGAAAUCCCACCCUGGAUAUUCACCCUGAGGAGCCUGAGGGAGCUCUACAUCGAGGGGCACCUCCAGACGGACAGUAAGGUCUCCACGGCACUGCAGAUGUUCAGCGAGCUGCCCAACAUCAACACUCUACACCUGAAAACCAAUGUCACCAAACUGCCCACUGCCAUCCUGGACAUGGCGGCUCGGCUCCAGCGCCUGAUCAUCCACAACGAGGGAGUGAAGAUCACCUCUCUUGCCAACAUCAAGAAGCUCUUCUACCUGACACUGUUGAGGCUGCUUCACUGCAACCUGGAGAGAAUACCCAGCGCUGUCUUCAGCCUGACCAACCUGCAGGAGUUGGAUCUGAAAGACAAUAACCUGAAUUCCACAGAGGAGCUGGCCAGCUGUCAGCACCUCCGCAAGCUCACCUGCCUCAAACUGUGGCAUAACAACGUCCCCUCCAUCCCCGUCCACAUCGCCAAGGUCACCUCGCUCGAAAUGCUCCAUCUCAACAAGAACAAGAUCGAGGUCCUCCCACCCGCCUUGUUUAAGCUCACCAAACUGCUCUUCCUGGACCUCUCCCACAACAACAUCUCCCGCAUUCCUCCGGAAAUAGGGGAACUCACGGAACUUCAACAUUUCGCUAUCGAGUGCAACAAGGUGAACAAGAUUCCCGAGACUCUUUCCUCCUGCGUCAAGCUGCGGGCACUGAUUAUCUCGUACAAUCGCCUGACCCACCUGCCUCCUUCCAUUGGGCUUCUGCGGCAUCUGCAACUCCUCGACCUGAAGUGCAACAAACUGGACAAGCUUCCCGUCGAACUGGGCCAGUGUGUUCACCUCCGCAGGAGCCAGCUGAUCAUUGAAGAGGAUAUUUUUAAGACCCUCCCUCCGGAGAUCAGAGAGCAGUUUACUAACCCUUCAUAGAGCAGAAAUAUUGUUGAUGUGCGGGCAGAAACAGGAUGAACCAACGGCCAAAUUGAACUUAAAUGGGUACCGACUGUAGUCGUUGUUGAGGAAAAGUACUUUAAUAAAACCAUUAUAUACACUGAAAUAUUUGAAUGGUCUGAUACAACAAUGAAUGGAGUUGUAGUUCUUUGGACCAACAAAAAAAAACAGAGUGGUGCCAUUGGGAUAUUGACGGUAAACUUCAACCAAAUCUACAGGAGACUUACCUUUUUGAUCGUGCUUAUGGUCAACUCUCUCCUCCCUCU